UAGGAGUUUUCCGACAAGCUACCAAAUCCACUCACCAUCAUUCCAUUGAUUUUAUUCUCUGCACUUCGUUUUUCGAGCUAGGGUAUUCUUCAUUUUCCACAAAAAAUAUUACUCUUUUGAAUAGUUUUUUGCUCAAUAAUCAGACGCUUAACCUGCAAGUUCUAUUUGUAGUCAGCUUCAUGGAUUCUCCACAGUCUGUUGUGUCACCGUUUAAGGGUUCCUCCGUUUUCGACUCUGAGAAGCAGAACAGUGAGUUUUUCAGCAAGAACCCUUCUAACCUAUCCGAGGGAAUUUCCGCUCAUAGAGAGGAAGCUGAAGACUUCAUCGGUGUACUCGACGUGUAUAUUCAUCAAGCUAGAGAUAUCCAUAACAUCUGCAUUUACCAUAAACAAGAUGUUUAUGCAAAGCUUUGCCUUACUAGUGACCCUGAAAAUGCAGUCUCCACUCAGACAAUUAAUGGUGGCGGGAAAAGUCCGGUCUUCAAUGAAAAUCUAAGGCUCAGAGUUCGUACAAUAAAAUGCUCGGUCAAAUGUGAGAUAUGGAUGAUGAGUAGAGUGAAGAAUUACUUGGAAGACCAACUUCUGGGGUUUGCAUUAGUCCCCUUAUCUGAAAUCCUUGUGAAAAGCGGAAAGCUAGAGAAAGAGUUCUCUCUUUCGUCGACUGAUCUCUUUCACUCUCCAGCAGGAUUUGUACAGCUGUCCCUUUCUUACAAUGGAACUUCACCUGAAGUGAUUGAAAUUCCUGCAUUGCCUUUAUCUGCGGACACUGAUGCAUCUCGGCCAGACAACGAGUUUGACAAAAUUGAGUUCCCGGAUCCUAAGAUUGUAAACGAAAAUAAUCGUAUGGUCUCCGAGUACUUUAAUACUAAUCUUGAUUCUCAAAGCUCGGAUAGCUUGGUCUCUUCUGAUACAGAAAAUCAACUCAGUCCAGAAGUCGAUGUCCAUAUGGAAAGUUUUCCAAGUGAGGUUGCGCAUUUCCCCCAAUAUCCUAAGCGCGAAUCGCCACCUAGCAGCUUAUCAACCGUCGAUUCUCAGUCCUCUGAGACCCAAGGAGCUUCAAAAUCUCAAGGGGAAGAAUAUGCUUCAGCUUGUAAAGAAAGUCCUACAGGUAAAAGUAAUUUUGGAAAUGCUGAGAGUAAGAUGUCAGAAACCGAGCCUGGCAGUGCAUUUCCAAAACCAGUGGUGAUUGAGCCAGAGCAAAAAGUUGUGCAACAGGAUAUUGUGGAUAUGUACAUGAAAAGUAUGCAGCAAUUUACUGAGUCAUUGGCGAAGAUGAAGCUUCCUCUGGACAUUGAAAAUGGGCCAACCAAUUCUGGUAAUACGAGUUCAGAUCAGACAUCGCAAACACCCAAGAGCACUGGUUCACGGGUUUUCUAUGGCAGCAGAGCCUUUUUCUGAGCUUUUGUGAAUGGUUUUCGGUAUGACCUAUAGGCGAUUACGGACCAAGUCUAAAAAGGAUAAGUAAACACUAAGGAUUUUAUGAAUAUGGUGUUUAUCCGUUUUAUCUUGUGAAUGCUUAAAAUGCUCUGAACUAAUUGACCUGUGUCUGUUGAAGACUUGUUUUACUUCAUUACCUUGUAGUUAAUAACUUUGUGUUGUGUAAUUUAUGCUCAGCUUUUCCCUUGGAAUAA